AUGCCGUUCGUCAAGGAAGAAGAGGUCUCGUUGGAGCCCAUCGCCAUUGUUGGCAUGGCUUGCCGCCUUCCUGGGUCCGUCGAUUCUGUUCCCAAAUUUUGGGACAUGCUUCGGGAACAAAGAUCUGUGAAAACGCCAAGAGUGCCCAGCAAUCGGUUCAAUAUCGAUGCGCAUUACCACCCCGACCUCUCCCGUCCGGGAUCAUUUUCGGCCUUGGGAGGCUACUUUCUAGAUGGCAACCUCGAGGACUUUGACUGUACAUUCUUCAAUAUGACGCCGGUUGAAGCCCAAUGGCUGGAUCCGCAACAACGUAAGAUGCUCGAAGUUUCCUACGAGUGCAUCGAGAAUGCCGGACUUCGACUAGAUCAAGUGGCGGGCACCAAUACCGCGGUCUACGUCGCUAGUUUCACUAGUGAUUACCAGCAGAUGUCUAUCUUCGAACGCGACUUCCGACACAACUAUGCGGCCACGGGAGUCGAUGUCGGCAUUAUUAGCAACCGCAUCAACAACACCUUCAACCUGAAUGGUCCAAGUUUCACAAUUAACACGGCUUGCUCUUCUUCGGUAUACGCAAUCCACAACGCAUGCCUUGCUCUACGCGCACGAGAUUGCGAUGCCGCCAUAACUGGGGGGGUCAACCUGGUUCUUAUCGUGGAUCAACACAUGAACACCGCAAAGUUAGGGGUCCUUUCUCCCACAUCAGAAUGUCAUACAUUCGAUCAAUCUGCAGACGGGUACGGGCGCGCCGAAGGUGUCGGUGCUCUCUAUCUUAAGCGCUUGUCUGAUGCCAUGAGAGAUGGAGAUGUUAUUCGUGGCGUGAUCCGAUCAUCUGCAGUCAACACGAACGGUAAAGUUGAAGGUAUGGGGAUUACCUUCCCCAAUGUGCUUGGCCAAGAGCGUGUUCUUCGACAGGCAUAUAAAAGGGCCAACCUGGACCCGAGCAAGACCGCAUACCUCGAAUGCCACGGAACCGGGACACCCAGUGGAGACCCAAUCGAAGUGAGGGCAGUCUCAGCUGGUAUGAAUGAUACCCGGGACUCUGAGAAGCCCCUGCUUCUUGGGGCCGUGAAAUCUAAUAUUGGCCACAGCGAAGCCGCAUCUGGAAUCUUUGCUACCAUGAAGGCGGCGCUGAGCACAGAGAAAGGUCAAAUUCCAGGAGUGCACGGCUUUCAAACACUGAACCCGAACAUUAAAGAAAAGGAGUGGAAUGUCAAAAUUGUGACGGAACAUACGGCCUGGCCAACAGACUUCGACGUGCGUCGAGCAAGUGUAUCUUCUUUCGGAUACGGAGGAACCAACGCGCAUCUGGUGAUCGAAGCUGUUGAGAGUCUGUGUCCCUGGUAUGAACAUGGCCAGCCCAAAGCGUCCGCAAAGUACGAGUACCAAGACGGGGGCAGACCUUUCUUGGUAACCAUGAGUGCCCACGACGAGGUCACCCUCACUCGGAAUAUCCAAAGCCACCAGAAGAUUGCCGGCGGUUAUCACUUGCCCGAUCUUGCAUACACCUUGAACUGCAGGAGGACUCGAUUUGCGUCCCGAGCUUACACGAUUGCCUUCGCGGACCGAGUACCAGAGGCAUUUGAUACCGACAGCUUUUGCCACGGAUCGCAACUGGACAAACCAAGCAAGGUUGGAUUAGUCUUUACCGGCCAAGGAGCUCAGUGGGCACGCAUGGGGUACGACGCUAUGCAACACUUUCCUCAUUUCCUUCAAACUAUAGACACGUUAGACCAAAUCCUGAGUCAGACCGAGCCAGCCCCAAACUGGAGCCUGAGGGCCGUUCUCGAGGCUGCAGCUAAGUCGAGUCCCGUCAAUAACGCCGAAAUCUCACAGCCGGCAUGUACGGCUAUUCAGAUAGCGAUGGUCGACCUGCUAGUUUCGUGGGGUGUCGAUCCAGCAGUUACUGUGGGCCACAGCAGCGGCGAGAUUGCGGCUGCUUACGCAGCAGGUAGAAUUUCUGCACCUGAGGCUAUACUGGCAGCUUAUUUCCGUGGUCUCGCCGUUGCACGAGCUGCAUCUGCUGGAACAAUGCUAGCGGUGGGCUUGGGGGCCACAGAGAUUGAGGAUUACAUUCCGGAAGAAGUGGCCGGUAGCGUCACCAUUGCCUGUGAUAACUCGCCGAAGAGCGUCACCCUGAGUGGCAGAUCAGAGGAUAUUGCGAUUGUUAAAGGUAUCCUGGACGAGACCGGAGACUUCAACCGUGAGUUGAAGACAGGGAAAGCCUAUCACUCACCUCACAUGGAUGAUGUUGCUCCAUUGUAUAGCGAACUCUAUUCAAAUGCGCAUCCAAACCUCACCAAGGAGGACCUGGCCUGGCGUCAACCAUUUGCUCCAAUGGUCUCCUCUGUGACAGGUGCUGAGCUCGCGGAGUCGGACUUGGGCAUCUCAUACUGGUGUGAGAAUCUCAGAAACCGUGUCCAGUUCAACUCGGCUGUGACAACCUUGAUCAAAUCUGAAUCAUACGCGGACGUUGACAUUCUUGUCGAGAUAGGGCCCCAUCCGGCACUCGCUGGUCCCCUCAAACAGGUCUUUGCCGCAGAGGGCUUGCAGAAGCAUCACGUCGCGACAUUUAAGCGAGGUGCUGACAGCGCCAUUGCACUGCUCAAAACGGUUGGUGAGCUGUACCUGAAAGGUGUGGACGUCCAGUUCGACCUUAUCAACAAUAUACAAAAGUCGGUCACAACACCAAGAGGUCCAGACUCCAAGGGUAAGAGCUCUACGCCUAAAUAUUUACCAGACCUGCCAUCAUAUCAGUGGAAUUACGACAAGCAAUACUGGAACGAACCCCGUGCUGUGGCCGAGCUUAGACGAUCAAAGCAUCCCCGCCAUGAUAUUCUGGGACGCAAGAUUUUUGGACUAUCCGCCAACGCCUCAACUUGGAAGAACAUCCUUCGCCAGCGCGAUGUGGAAUGGUUUUCAGCCCAUAAUCUCGGUACAGAUACCGUAUUUCCUGCUGCCGGUCAUAUAUCAUUGGCGAUCGAAGCCCUCCUUCAACAGCUGGAUAUAGAUCCGCAUGAAGCCGCUGGCGUGACGCUCAGGGACAUCAGCAUGCCAAGAGCGCUGCUCAUUCCCGACGAUGACCAAGGAAUUGAGGUGCACACGCGCCUUCAACAGGCCGUGGGAGGCUGGUACGCAUUUUCUGUUGAGUCAACUACCACGGAGGGGCUAUGGACCAUCCACAGCACUGGAAAAAUCCGAAAACAGUCCAUCGACGGUUCUACUAAACGAUCAAAUUGUCCGUAUGAAGUCAGUCAAUUGCACCGGCGAGUUCCGGGGAAGCUGUGGUACAGGGCAUUUGAUCGUGUUGGGUUCCAUUAUGGAUCGAGUUUCCAGUGUAUGGAAAACGUCAGGGCCAACGGCAAAGAUCGUGUUGCUGCAGCGGAAGUGAAAGUUCGCACAGAGUCUGGUUCGAUCAAUCAAGAAUCACGGUACAUGUUGCAUCCCUCCACGAUUGACGGUUGCCUCCAUGCAGUCAUUGCGUCUGUGCACCGUGGUCUCCAUAAAGAAAUGGCCUGGGGAGUGGUUCCGCUUGAGAUUGAGCAAAUGACUGUCAAUUUCCCAGAUCAAUCCGAAAUGGAUAGUCAAGGCCGGUGCCUAACAUGGACGGAAAACACCCGGGCCAGGUAUUUUCAGCAGAACGUGGAGCUUUUUAGCAGCCAGGAUCGGUGCCUGCUUAGGAUCCAAAAUCUUAAGCUUGUUAUUUACGACGCGGCUGUUCCAGCCACGAGCGCGUCUCCACGGCCCAAAAACCCUUACUCAAGAAUAUCCUGGGAAGAAAUCAGCACGGCAGUGAACUCGCCUUCCGACUCCAGCAUCUCCACGGUUGUGGUCAGUUCGUCUGGGCUCUCCUUACUUGCUACUCACUUGAACACAAACUGCACCAGCCUGUCCAAUGAUCUGCACGGAUUACCUUGCGAUACGGUCAUUGUAGAUGAGACUGAAGGCUCAAUUCUAGCAAAUCCCUCGGCAGAGAUUUGGGACAAUCUCAAAUCAGUACUGACAUCUGGGAAGCCGAUCGUCUGGAUAACACGCGGUGCCAACCAAGGCGAUUGCGCUGAAGCGGGAAUUGCUCAAGGGUUCUUGCGUGUUGUCCGAUCGGAGAUGGCUGCAGCUAAAAUAGUUCUAUUGGAUGUCGAUCGAGAAAUUAACCCAACGAAACUAGCCUGUGAAGUCCAGCACUAUCUCUCGACUGCGGCUGCUUUAAUUUCUGGAAAGGACAACGAAUUUUGGCUGACCAAAGACGAGACAACAAUGGUGGCGCGUAUCACGCCAGAUGACGACCUUGUCUCUUUAGUUCAUCACGAGGAACCGCAUCAGACAACACCAUUCAACUCAGGGGCGUAUCACAUCGGCCAUAUUGAGGGCGACGAGGUGGUCUUCGAGACGAACGAGCUAUCCACACAUCCUCUUCUUCCAUUGGAGGCUGAGAUUCAGGUCUCGCAUUCCGAGCUCAGUAAAGAAGAUUUAAGCACGGGAGCGAGUGAUCGAGGUCGAGUGCGCAUCGUCACGGGCACCGUGGAGCGCGUCGGCGCCGGGCUUGAUACCAGUCUCCUAGGUCGGACGGUCGCAGCGUGCGCCAAGACACUGCACAUAAUUGAGACCAGGCUUGUCACCAGUCACUUUGUAGUGAUGGACAGCAAGGCUAUGGCUUACGCAUCCAGCCUUCCAUACCUGUGCAAAGCUGUUGAUGCCGUUCUGUGUUCCGCGAGCGCCACCUCCGGCGAUCAUCUACUCGUCCUUCCCGGAUCACCGCUCCUGAGGGAUGCAAUCUCAAAGCUUGGUGCUCAGCUAGGAUUCCAAGUGUCUAUUGCCGAGGAUAACAUUGCACAUGUGGAGGAAAUAUUUGCUCGCUCGGAGCCCCCGACCAUUGUUGUCGCCAGCUCGCCGUCCUCGCUCAUUCCCGAUGUCUGGAGUUGCAUACCCGCAGGAUCAAAGCUUGUUCUCAGCGAUAUCGAAUUGGAUGGAUCUUUGGACUCCAGACCAUUUGCAAGAGGUGCUAAUGUUUCAUUUCGCGGGAUUGCUAAGGCAUACGACAACAAUAACGGAUUAGAAUUGCAAGAUAUUCUGAAGAAGAGUGUGGCUGCUCUUUCCAAUAUUUACCACGUCUGCACUGAGGAAUUGACGCCGUGCUUCGACGUUGGGGAAUUGACGAACAUAGAGCAUGUCCGUCAAGAGAUCGCCAAGACGGGUUCAGGCGUCGUCAAUAUCCUUUACGGUCAAAGUCAAAUCAAGUCUCGUGCACCCCGCCCUAAGGUUCGAUUCUCUUCCGAUAGUGCAUACAUACUGGUCGGGUGUCUUGGCGGCCUUGGGCGCAGCUUGACCACUUGGAUGCUGGAGAGAGGCUGUCGGGAUUUUGUAUUCCUCUCACGGUCCGGAACCGCCACUGCCGAAGCUGCGGGUGUCGUGAAGCGGCUUGAGGAGGCCGGUGCUUCUGUCGGUGUCUUCUGUGUUGACGCAAGCGAUGAAGCGGCGGUCACACGCGUUGUCGCAGAUGUAUCCUCCACCAGGCCGAUCAGGGGAGUCAUUGAUGCGGCCAUGGUCCUCCGUGAUGGACUCUAUAAAAGUAUGACAGUAGAGCAGUAUCACGCAGCUCUCAAACCUAAGAUGCAGGUGGCUUUGGCUCUUGAUAGAGCGCUUGGCACUACCACCCUUGAUUUCUUCAUCAUGACCAGCAGUUUGUCUGCUGUCCUCGGCAAUCCUGGCCAGGCUAACUACUGUGCCGGCAACAGCUAUCUGGAUUUCCUGGCUCUCUGUCGCCGCAAGCGGGGUCUCGCAGGCUGCUCCAUCGCCCUUCCCAUGAUCGAGGAUGUGGGUGUCGUGGCAGAGAACGUGGCGAUUGCGGACUCCCUCACGCGAAAGAAUCCCUUUGGGAUAGAUGAGCGCGAGAUGCUCAUAGCCCUAGAAGUUGCAAUCGUCCGAAGCACCGUGGGUGGGGCCGGGCAGUCAUCCAGCAACCAAAGCAUCUCUCCGAUAUCGCCAAUCGACGAUGCCCGACUCGUGCUAGGCCUCGAGCCACUAGCUGUCAUGGCGGUUAUCGAAGCAUCAGCUGCAGACAUGUCCGACGCGUAUUGGGUUCAGGAUGCUCGGCUAGGCUCGCUACGCGCGGCAUUAGAGAGUCUUGCUGCUGAAAAAGAUGCAGCAGGUGGAGGAGCACAAGGGGCUCGUGACGGAGCCCAAUCGUCCAUCACAUCUGCCUCUCUAGCAGGCAAAUCAAGGACCGAAGUCAUGGAUAUCCUUGGAACGCACAUUAUGGGCAGGACCGCUCGAAUCCUGGGAAUGCAGUCUGACAAGUUCCACAUGGACGGCGUGUCCGUCGCGCGGCAUGGAGUGGACUCCAUGAUCGGCGUGGAGUUGCAAACUUGGUUGUUUAAGGAGUUCGGGGUGCAGAUCAGCGUUCAGGUCUUGUCAAACCCCAACACAACAUUCCGGUCUUUGGCAAGCUUGGUUGCCGAGCACCUUUACGUCGCUGCUUGA